UAUAUAUACAUAUAUAAUCUACCCCUCGAAAGAUCUAGUAAGAUCCUCACAAAACUUUGAACGGUCAAGAUCGCACAAUUCCCAUCCCUUAUCUAGAUCGGAUCAUCAGGGCCCCAUCUCAGCCGUAGAAUCAACGUCCCAUCCUUCUCUAUAAAUAUAUUCUUCAACCUAAACAAGUCGGCAAUGAUUUUUUUCCUUUUUUUUUUUUUCAUUUUUAUCUCUCCGCCGUCUCCGCCGUGAAAAUGUUGUUCUGCAAUGAGGAGAAGGAGCUGGGUCGGCGGCAGGCCACCGGCACGUGUCCGUCAUGUGGCGGCAAAGUUCAAGCUGUGGAUGUGGAGAGAAAAUGGAGGCUCUGUUUUGUUCCACUUUGUUUCAAAAUCAAGAGGAAAUAUUACUGUGUAAUGUGUGGUCGUCGUUUGGAGUUGUAUCAUUAGUUUUUAUUUUUCGUUAUUAUUUUUUUCUCUCAGAAUCGAAUCUAACUUUUUGAUAGUAUAAAUUUUAUGACAUUGAACUAUGUUCAUGUAUUUCAGAUCGAAUAAUUGAUAUAUCUGAUAAAAAGUUCAUGUAUUUCAGAUCGAAUAAUUGAUAUAUCUGAUAAAAAGAUUUUUCGAUAGGAUUCGUAUGAUUUAUUUAUUUAUUAUUAUUAUUAGGGAUUAAUCUCUAACCUCUCGAUACUAAAAAACUUUACAUAUAUUUAUUUUGGCUUGCUUUUAGAUGAAAGGAUUCAUAUAUCUGAUAAAAGGGUUUCCAAGUAAUGAUUUAUUUAUUUUUUGUUCUUAUUUUGGUGUAAGUGUGUUUGGGUAGGGUGAUGGAGUUCAAUUUUGAUAGGAACAACGACCUUCAAAUUAUCUCCACAAUGGUAUGAUAUUAUCCACAAUGGAUGACCGGAGGUUUGGUGGUCCUUUGUUCGAGGGGAAGAUUGUUGGAAAUGCAAUCAAAGUCUCACAUUGGUUAGAUAAAAGGAGGAUCAUUGGUAUAUAAAUGAGAAUGACUAUCUCUAGACUUUAAAAUAAAACCAUAAGGAUUUAUGUUCAAAAUAGACAAUAUCAUACUAUUGUGGAGAUAGUUUGAGGAUUGUUAUCCUUAAAUUUCUUAUGGGAUAGUUUUGGAGGAGGGAGAGAUCAGAUUCUUAAUGGG